CAGGUUGUUAAAAAAAAAAUGUGAAAGUUUGUAAUACAAUUAUGUAAUAACAAAACGAAAAAGAGUCGAUAUGUCAAUAUUUUGUUUUAGCAAAAAAAAUUAUAAUCUCUUAUGAGUGACUGUGAAAGGUUACUAUGUAGAGUGAAGCAUUCUAACUCAUUCGCUUAAUAAGAUUAAAAUUGCAGUCUUAAAUAGUUUGAAAUUAAAUCGAUCUUACUUUGGAGUAUGCGUUUAACCGAAGUUAAUUAUUAAAAAUGAAAAAGAUACACCAUGUAUUUCUGCUGUAUUAUGUUUUGUGGUAUUCCAGACAAGCAGAUACUUUCGUUAUCACUUUGUCAAAACAGAUUAACAAGGCUGAAGAUGAAAGGGGCUGCAGAGUAAACGAAAAGAUUUACGAGUAUAAAAAAACAUUUAUCACAGCCGAUUGUUCAAAAAUGUGUGUUUGUUUACGCACUUGGAAAAAACAGUUCAUAACUUGUCUACCAUUAUGCCCAGCUUCGAACGUCGUAUGUAAACAGAACGAAACACUCACUCCUGUUCAAAAGAUCUAUUCAUUUAAUCCACCUUGUUACUGUCCAACCUACGUUUGUGCACCGUGA